CUUCUUGGUAAAACAUAUCGUGUUUAAUAUACUCGUCGCAUGCAUGCACAUAUCGAAUGGAAUUAGAUCAUCAUUGCUCACUCGUUUAAGAGAAGCUGCUCCGUCAACACAUAACACAACGAAUUCUCGAACUUUGCUCAAGUUUUGUUUGACCGUUAUUUAAAUAAGGAUUUAAAAUACAUAUGUAAAAUAAAUGUGAAUACCAUAAUUUGAAUAAGAAGUAGUGUUAUUUAGAAACAAAAUAUUAUUGAGACUGCAAAAGAUAGGGAAGAAAUCUUCGCGGAGAAAGUGACAAGUUCGUAUUAUUACUUUUGUAGUUAGAUAAGGACUUAUCUCAAAUUUGCUCACGGAAAGAGUUACAUCACAAUAAAUAAAUAAUGUCUGCAAUUCUACGCUGCUUCUCCCGUAAGAGGAGCGAUUCUCUGAGCCUGGACAAAGAGAAAAGUGGGAAGAAAGUUAGAAAUAAAAAGUGUAAAUGUAAGUGCAAAUGUCGUCAAAAUGAUGAUCUUACCGACGGUAAAAGUUUCAGCAAAACGUUACACAUUUCAGAAAAGAAGUGCAAACGGCACUCGGUAUCAUGUUUUAAUUGCAGUUGCGAAUCUUCGAUGUCGGAUGCGAAUCCACCCUCGCAAUAUUCCUCGAUACCAUCUCCCACCGCCAGCGUGGAUCCGAUGGGGACGCCGUUCUUCAUGACGGUCGGGGAGGCGACCAACCUUCCGGGAAAGUCGUACAUGCCGGUGUCAAAAGAUGACCCCAAUUACAACAUGAACCAUCCACGGAGAGGAAAGGCUAUCAUUUUCAAUUUUGAUCGAUGGGAUAACACAAACAUACCUCAUCUCGGGUUAUCUCCGCGUAUCGGAUCGGAAAAAGAUAAGAAAGACUUGGCGAGAUGCUUGCAACGCCUCGAUUUUCAAGUGGAGGAACACGAUAAUUUGAAACAUUUGCAAUUUUGGGCUGUCCUGGAGAGAGUUCGAAAGGAGGAUCACACAGAUGCGGAUUGCUUAGUAGUCGUUGUGAUGACGCAUGGCGAAAAGAACACUGUUUACAUGCGUGAUGGGGUACAAAUACCGAUCAAUUUGUGUUGGGAGAAUUUCGAAGCAAACAAAUGUCCCAGUUUGGCUGGGAAGCCGAAGAUCUUUAUUGUUCAGGCGUGUCGCGGAAAGUCCUACGAUUCCGGGACAUUAUUGCACCCCGCAAUACAAACGGACUUGGACGUCUUUAACAGAUCUGAUGUCACGGAUUCUUCCACAUUUUCAUACGUUAUUCCAAACGCUGCCGAUAUCGUGAUCGCAUUCAGCUGCCCCUUAGGACACUACUCGUGGCGUCAUCCGGAACGCGGCUCUUGGUUUAUUCAAGCAGUGUGCAAAGUUUUUAACAAAUCUGCGUACGAAAUGGAGCUCCAACAAUUGUUCACAACCGUGGCAAGAGAGGUCGCCCUCAAUUACCAGUCCAACACUACCAAUAUCGAGUCCAACAAUAAAAAACAAGUCACAUCCACGUCAAGCACGCUUAUCAGAAGUGUCAUGUUCCGUGCAAAGGUUCCAAACUCGGAUCCAAGACCACCCCCAGUUCCGGUCGAGCAGGAAAUUGCAAUUUCUGAGGAGACCGGUGUCGUUGGCAUCACAUUAUUUACAUCUUUAGAGGAGGAAGAAGAGCAACAAGGAAACAUUACAAAUACGAGUAGCAGUAGUGGUGGGGCUGUUGUGACCCCCAUCCGUCCUCAUGAAUUAGAGCUUGAAAUGGUGCAACGGCCAGGAAUAAUGGAAGAAGAACAGAACGUUAAUAUUUCAAAUGGACCAAUUCUCGUCUAAUCAUUAACAUCAACAUCGAAGCAAUAUGGCUCAAAAAUAACAUUACUAUGCAAAAAAUUGAAAUGUACUUAUCUAACAUCAUGACUUAUCCAACACAACACAACUGCUCAACAUAUUUACUUCAACUUAUCCAUGCAACCUGAAAUUAUUAGAAAGACAUUAAAAGUGGCACUGAAGCACUUUGAUAAUCUAUGUAUAAAAUCUCAACCACUUAAUUAAUAUACGUAUUCAUGACUUUUGUAACUUCUAGAAAAAAGAACUGAUCUUUGUGUGAAUAAUCUCAAUUUUGAAUGUCAAACCAUUAUUCAUAGUUUUAGUAGUACUUAAUUUAUCAUCUUGGAAUCAUGUUUAUUUAAAAAUUGUGAUAAUUAAGUCAUCGUUUAUAAUGAACAUGUCAAUAACUUUUUGAUACAAAACAUGGUUAUUAAAUAUUUAUGAGGAAACUUUUUAAUAAAAGUCUACAUACGAAGAAGUAUGUAAUUUUAAAAGAGUGAUAUGAAAAAAUAUAAAUAAUUGUGAAACGAAAUUUAAUAUUAAAAUAUGUAAAAAUCAAAAAAUUUGUCGAUACGGAUUCGCUGAAUUUAAAUUUUCUUCGUCGUCGUAUUAUCGUGAAUUUGGUCACACUUUAAAAUUAGGUAAUUAGUAAUUUAUAGAAUUAUAUCGCAUUUUGAAAGCAAAAUAAAAUAAAGAAUUCAAUUGGAAAUUAAA